AUGGCUCGUCUACAAGAUCUGUGCCUCCCUGGCUUUCUCCUUCUCCUCUCGUUCGUCGUCGCGUCACAAGCGCAAGGUUUUGGAGGAAGUGGAAUCUCGGCGUUCAUCCCCUUCCCAGGAGUCCAAAAAUGUGUCCUUGUAUCGGGUAUGAAGCCCAACAAGAUUUUGCAGUACCAUCCGCUCGGUGAUAUCAGAGCGAACGGCAAUCUCCGCAUUACCGUGUACCAGAUGCAAGGCCGGAUCAAUCUGAAACUCAAGCUCGACGCCGACUAUCUCACCGGCGCACUGCCGCCCAACAACAUCACCGUCUACGACUCGCGCUCCGGCGGUGCGCUGGGUCUCCCCGUGUUCGGCGUGACGGGCAGAUGGCAGGCGAAUCCGACCCAUGGCGAGGUUCUUCUGCGCACGUGGAUUUUGGACGCUAGCAACAAAUAUCCUCCGGGUUCCACGCUUUCGUACUACGACCUGAUUCGCCAGAUUGAUCUGAGCCCGCGAAGCUUCUUUGCGUCGCUCACUACGGAGAGGUACAAGUGGGGCGCGCUGAGGGGGAGGUUCAUCCGCGGCGCCGUCAACAUGAUGAUCCCGGUGCCUGUGUGCUAA